AUGAGGGCUACCCUCAUUAGAGUCGCUAGCUGCAGCAGUAUCCCUUGCGCGCUACGACCACACACUUUUCCGCCGCCGCCUCCAUCAUUGGCGCAUCCACCGCCUUAUCGCCUCUUCGCCGCCGCCAGGACUCUCCGGAACAUAGCCGUCAUGGGUUCUCAGCCGACUGAGACCGAGUGGCCGGCCUCCCGAGUUAGAGAAACCUUCAUCAAAUUCUUCGAGGGGAAAUCCCACGUUAAUUUCAGAUCGAGUCCCGUUGUUCCCCAUAAUGAUCCAACUCUUCUAUUUGCUAAUGCUGGUAUGAAUCAGUUCAAACCAAUCUUUUUGGGCACUGCCGACCCAAACACUGAGUUGAGCAAACUCAGGCGUGCUUGCAAUACUCAAAAGUGUAUUCGUGCGGGUGGCAAACACAAUGAUCUCGAUGAUGUGGGCAAGGACACGUACCACCAUACAUUCUUUGAAAUGCUUGGGAAUUGGUCCUUUGGGGACUAUUUCAAGCAAGAGGCCAUCGAAUAUGCGUGGGAGCUUCUAACUAAGGUGUAUGGAUUGCCUGACGAUCGUAUUUACGCCACCUACUUUGGUGGUGAUGAGAAACUUGGUCUUCCUGCUGAUAAUGAAGCAAAGGAUCAUUGGCUCAGAUUUCUACCUCCCAGCCGUGUAUUGCCUUUUGGCUGUAAGGACAAUUUUUGGGAGAUGGGGGAUACUGGACCUUGUGGACCGUGCACUGAAAUUCAUUUUGAUCGGAUUGGUGGCCGUGAUGCGGCCUCCUUUGUGAACAAUGAUGAUCCUACAGUGAUUGAGAUAUGGAAUCUUGUCUUUAUCCAGUUUAACAGGGAAGCUGAUGGUUCAUUGAAAUCUCUACCUGCAAAACAUGUUGAUACUGGGAUGGGUUUUGAGAGAUUGACUUCUAUUCUUCAAAAUAAGAUGAGCAACUAUGACACUGAUAUAUUUUUUCCCAUCUUCGAUUCGAUACAACAGGCAAGUAUGGCAACUGGAGCCCGCCCUUAUUCUGGAAAAGUUGGGUCCGAUGAUGUGGACAAUGUUGACAUGGCUUACAGGGUCGUGGCUGACCAUAUUAGAACAAUUUCAUUUGCCAUUGCUGAUGGAUCUCGGCCAGGUAAUGAGGGGCGUGAGUAUGUGUUAAGGCGCAUCCUUCGGCGGGCUGUGAGAUAUGGAACCGAAGUCCUAAAAGCACAACAAGGCUUCUUCCAUGGGUUGGUACAAGUUGUGCUGGAGGUCAUGGGUGAUGACUUCCCUGAGCUAAAGGAACAUGCAUUGAAGAUUCGAGAGAUUAUUGCUGAUGAAGAGACCAGCUUUGGCAGGACAUUGACAAAAGGAAUUGAGAAAUUUAAGAAGGCUGCUCAAGAAGUUCAGGGGAGAGAUGCGUUUGACCUAUGGGACACCUAUGGGUUUCCGUUGGAUCUAACUCAGCUGAUGGCGGACGAAAGAGGAUUGACCGUUGAUGUUAAAGGCUUCAAUAUUGCUAUGCAUAAAGCCAGGGAAAGAUCCAGGAACGCGCAGAAUAAGCAAGCUGGUGGUACCAUUGGCAUGGAUGCGGAUGCUACAGCUUCAUUGCACAAGAAAGGAGUUGCUGUGACGGAUGACUCAUUCAAAUAUACUUGGUUUCAGGAUCAUGCGAGUGUAAUAAAAGCUGUUUACACAGGAAGUGAAUUCCUGGAAAGUGCUUCUCCUGGUGAAGAAGUUGGCAUAAUCCUUGAAACCACUAGCUUUUAUGCUGAGCAAGGUGGUCAGAUAUUCGAUACUGGAAUAAUUGAGGGAUCUGAUGGCAUUUUUGAAGUUAGUAAUGUUCAGAUCUAUGGUGGAUUUGUUGUUCAUAUUGGCUCUUUUAGCGGAAAGACUGGCAGAGUGUACAUUGGUGAUAAAGUAGUGUGUAAGGUAAACUACGAUAGAAGGAUGCUAAUUGCUCCAAAUCACACCUGUACACACAUACUAAACUAUGCUCUAAGAGAAGUGCUUGGUAAUCAUGUAGACCAGAAGGGCUCUAUUGUUCUUCCUGAAAAAUUGAGAUUUGACUUUUCUCAUGGAAAGCCUGUGAAGCCAGAGGAGCUGAAAAAAAUCGAGUUUAUUGUAAAUGAACAAAUUGAGUCUAAAUUGAAUGUGUAUUCAAAGGAGACCAAGCUGGAAGAUGCAAAACGUAUAAAUGGACUAAGGGCUGUUUUUGGAGAGGUAUAUCCUGACCCUGUUCGUGUUGUCGCCAUCGGACGCAAAGUGGAGGAUCUUCUUGCAAACCCUGAUAAUGAAGAGUGGUUAUCAAUCUCUGCUGAGCUGUGCGGGGGGACACAUAUAUCAAAUACAAUGGACGCCAAAGCCUUUGUGCUAUUAUCAGAAGAAGGGAUUGCUAAAGGAAUCCGUAGAGUUACAGGUGUGACAAUGGAUUGUGCUUAUAAAGCCUUGGAACUGGCCUCCGCGAUUGAGCAAGAAGUAGAUGAAGCAUCCAGAGCUGAAGGAAGCCUUCUGGAGCAGAAAGUAGCUUCAUUAAAUAAUCGCGUGGAAGGAGCAUCCAUACCUGCCUCAAAGAAAGCUGAUCUCAAGGCCAAAAUAUCGGUCCUACAGAGUCAAGUGAUAAAAGCCAAAAAGAAGAUGGCUGAAGAGCAUAUGCGGAAAGCCAUUGAAGUAGCCGUCCAGACAGCUGAAACUGCUUCAUCGAGUGGAAAGGCUUACUGCAUUUCCCUUGUUGAGGUUGGUUCAGAUACUGCUGCCAUUCGAGAGGCAGUUGUCAAAGUCAUGGAGCAGAAGGGGUUGGCAAUGAUGGUGAUUAGCAGGGACGAGAAGGCGAACAAGGCCUUUGUGUGCGCUGGUGUUCCGGAGCACGAUGGCAAGUACAAGCAACUGAAGGUGACAGAAUGGUUGAAAAAUGUGUUGGACUUAAUCAAUGGAAAGGGUGGUGGAGGCAAAGGUGGUCUUGCUCAAGGCCAGGGAAGCGACAUUGCCCAAGUUAAAGCUGCUAUGGAUGCUGCAGAAUCAUUUGCUGCGAUGAAGCUGCAUUGA